CACUAUGAUCUCGCUUUUUUAGAGUUAGAGUGGAUCAACCCGUACCAUUACCAUCUUUUAAUGAUGGAGUAAAAUGUGGCCAACUGGUCUUCUGGCUUGGAAGAGAUGCCGAUGUCAAUAUAACGAUGACCCAUCUUAGGCCGGGAUAUUAUAAUGCAAACAUAUAUGAAAAGCCUCAUCUUAUGUUCUUUCCGGGUAAAGAACGUACUAUUAAGUAUGACAAUGGGGGCCCGAUCAUUGACUUGGACGCAAAGGUCGUGGGAAUGAUCAACAAUCAUAGGAGCGGGUCUUUUAUACCUUCUUCCGUUUUGCUCAGGUGUUUGGAUUUGUGGAAGAAAUUCAAGUCCAUCCCUCGCCCCCACCUUGGAAUGUGGUUUUCAGGUAUCAAGCUUUUAGAUCUUGUUCGAGUGGAGAAGCUAUGGCAAAAGUAUAAGAUCGAUGAUGGUCUUAUUGUUGAAGAGGUUUCAAAAGGAUCACAGGCUGAGGAAGUUGGAAUCCGAAGAGGUGAUAUUAUUGAAUGUUUGAAUGGAGAGCGCAUUUCCAAUACAGUUCAGCUGGAAAACGUGUUGCUGAGCCUUUGCAAAUCAGCUAGAAAUGGCCUCGAUGCGAAAGUUCAUGUUUCGAGAUGUACCUUUUGUAGAUUGUUAUACUAUCACUCUUGGAGAAGGGACCUCUUCUGCUUCGGUUUCAACCUGAACGAGUUUGGCCCUGGUUUGCUGUAA